AUGUUAUUUUGUGCAUCAAAGGUCUGGACCCAGGGCGGCUAUGAAGCCAACUAUGUCACUCAUGCCAAAUUUCAAGCAGCUAUUGCAUCGGAUCCAACUUUGCUUCACACGUUUCUUGAACUAUGCAAAGAGCUGAUUCGCCUCAAGAUCCUUGAUCCCAAUUGCAAAUUCAGGUUGGAGGCAAACUUGGCACAGGUUAUGGAGAAGAUCACAACCAGCCAGAACAGAAAGCAAGGGCUCAAAGCUCCCAAAACACACUUUGUGGAGGAAUCGGCUUUUGAAGCUCAUUUUGGACGCAAAGCCUAUGAUGAGGAAUUGGUUGUGGAGGAGUUCAAUGGAACACGCAUGAGAGGAGUAAAUGUUCUGACUGGCAAGGCUGGUUGGUUCGAGCGUAUUGAUGACCAAACACAGGAAGUUGGUCGACAAGCUACUUUGACCGAUGACAUCAACCUGGACAAGUCUGGCAAGGCAUAUGACAAUAUCUUUGCUGCAGCAAAGAAAGAGGUGAUGUCCAAGCAUACGCCGUCAGUGGAGGCUGGUUUGGCGGAGGGCAUGAAUAACCUGGAGCCUAACCAAUGUGGGGCUGCUGGGGCAGAGCCAAACAGUGAAAGUGAUGAUGAUGAAGGCCCUGCUGGACUGUUUGCCUUCUUGAAAGACCGGUUUCAGGGCAAGACGACAAAGCCAAAGGCAUCAGCAAAACCAUCAGCAAAGGCUGCUGCUGGAAAAAGCCCAUCGAAGCCCAAGAGGACCAUCACGGAAGUGCCUCCUUCUGCUGAGAAGGGGCCUGAACAUGAGCCUUUGCGGAAGCGCAGUCGUGCUGCUGGUACUGCAAGCACAAAGCCAAAGGCAAAAGCCUCAAAGAAGGACAAGCCUGACAAGGCAGAAGAUGAUGUUCAAGUUGAAGACGAAGGGGCUGAUCAGCCAGAAGAGAUGUCAACAGCUGACAAGGUGACUGUUAGUGGGUUUGAAAAGAAACUCAUGGAUAUUGGUUGCUUGGAGCCUCCAAUUGGCGACGCCGCUUUCAAGCAGUACAUGCAGGAAAAAACUCACAGCCCUAUCUUCCAUGAGUCAAGAGAUGCGGGUGAAGAAGAAGAGUGUGUCUCGGAGGAGCAACAAGACUGA